ACAUAUUUGAAGAUUCUUUGAAAAACUAUCUGGACGUUAGUCUGUGACAGAGCCCUCAAAAUGACCAGUGUGGCAGAAUGGAUCGUGCAGAACAAGGACAAGAUCGAGAAGGCGGUGGAGAUCAUGGGACAGGCCUCCGCAGUCCUGGCAGCCACUGUGGGCCAGCUCCAUCCCAUCCUGGAGGCCGUGUUCGUAGCCUCCUCUGAGAUCCUCAGCAACCCGGAAGGACAGGACGUCGGCUACCUGACUAAGCAGUUCAGCAUUGUCAACCAGAAACUGGAAGGCAUCCAGGCUGAGAGCGAACAAAUCGCACUGGAGCAGCAGAAGACCUCCUUGAAUAAGCAGAACUUUGACCAUGAGGCACAAAUGCUCAGCCAGUACGAGAAGUUCCAGGACUUUGUCAACGCCAAGCCCAAGUUCAAAAAUAAGAAGAUGGAGAAGUUCCUCAGCCAUUAUAAGAUCACGGACGCAGACUUGAACCUGGACGCCCUCUACAAUGAUGUUACUGGGGACAAUACCUCAGGUCGCCCCACGCUGGAGAUAGUGCUUGACACAGAACAAAGGAGUAGAAGGGCGGUAGAAGAUUUCUGUGCCAGGCUUAAGAAGCUCAUUGUGGUGGGCAUCAUUGCCGUCAUGGGUUACGCCAGCCUCAAGGAAGGGGUUGUGGGGGAUGAGAUGGUGAAGAAGUGGCAGGAGUGUAUGAAAGAUGUUGAGAACCGCAUGAAAGCAGCAGUGGACGAUUGCACUGAAAACUUCGCCAAUCAAGCCAAAAUGGACAUGGAAAACCAGCUUCGGGAGAAACCUGGAAGUGUUGACCUUGACUUCACCAAAUCCAUAUUGGACACCCUUGUUAAGAAAUAUGACUGGGUGAGCUGGUGUGUCAUGGUCUUCAAUGACAAGGAGCGCAUUUUCUUUUUCAACUGGCUAGCUGGAAAGAACUACCAUGGCAGUGAAGGAAGAGCUAAUUACUUUGAUGUGAUGACCAAGAACAACACCAAAGUGGUGAUCUCUUUCAGUGUUGAGCCUAAGCCUAUCAACAAGGGUCUGAUCCACCAACAGAUUGAUGGGCAGAAACUGAAGAGGAACAUGACGGAUGUGGCUCAGGUCCUCAACAGAAGCCUCCCCAACUGCCAGGUGCAUGCUGUCAGCUACUAUAAGAAAGUGGUGGAGACCAACAACUUCCAAGAGGAUUGUUACUACUAUGGACAACACCAAAAUGCGUACCUAUGCAUUCAUCCUAAUUAGCUUUUUGUUUCACUAUGCAAUGGAAAACCAUGAAUAAAAUGCAUUGAUGUUUAUAUAUGAGUUUAGAGGUGUUUUUAAACAUAGGUCAUGCUUUAGCUGGUGAUUGUGAGAAAUGUAAUCUCUUAUAUUUAUUUGCUUAUCGGCAUGGUAGAUUCUUGUGUAGUUUGUGAUAGUUUAAACUAUCAGGAUUUGUAUGUGUAUAAAAAUGUAUAUGAUACAUUUUAUGUCAGGCUAUCUACUCAACAACAGUGACAAUGUAUGAGAACUUGGUACUUCCUUCUACCUAAGAGAAAAGUAAGAUACCUUAUUUUACCUACAUUUUUUGUAUUUCAUGAUUACCAUAAUUACAUUACCAUACCAGCCAGCAUAAAUAAGCUAUUUCUGGGUUUUAUUUUAAAUAGAUUUGCUAAAUGUAUAAAUACGUGUUUUCACUUUGUCAUUAUGGGGUAUUGAGUGUAG